GCCAGCUAAACGUUCAGUUCGCUUUGCGCCGGCAAAUUCGAUAGAUUUUUGAGUUUGCUGAACCGAGUCGCUGGGGGAAAACUGUGUGACAGCCAGCCGUGUGUGGUGCGAUCCAGCCAAUUGAUACUGCGAUAAGAGGCGGCGAGCAAAAGUAAUUACCUCAUAGCCAUCAGCAUUCGAAAAUAGUAACCGUGUUUUCUGUGAUAUCUGUGCGCACAUAACUCAAGAAACAUAGCCACCAAGUCAACACAUAAAGCCCACCAAAAUGAUCAACAUGGACAUUAGCGUUACGCCCAACUACUCGUACAUCUUCGACUUCGAGAACGAUUUCAUACACCAGCGGACGCGCAAGUGGAUGCUAGAGAACUGGACAUGGGUGUUCUACUACUGCGGCAUCUACAUGCUGGUCAUAUUCGGUGGUCAGCACUUCAUGCAAAAUCGGCCGAGAUUCCAACUGCGCGGCCCACUGAUCAUAUGGAACACCUUGCUGGCCAUGUUCAGCAUCAUGGGAGCUGCCCGAACGGCGCCGGAGCUGAUUCACGUGCUGCGUCACUACGGACUCUUCCACUCCGUCUGCGUGCCCAGCUACAUCGAGCAAGAUCGCGUGUGCGGCUUCUGGACCUGGCUCUUCGUGCUCAGCAAACUGCCGGAGCUGGGCGACACGAUAUUCAUUGUGCUCCGCAAGCAGCCACUCAUCUUUUUGCACUGGUACCACCACAUCACCGUGCUGAUCUACUCGUGGUUCAGCUACACGGAAUACACUAGCUCUGCCCGCUGGUUUAUUGUGAUGAACUACUGCGUGCACUCGGUGAUGUACAGCUACUAUGCUCUGAAGGCGGCCCGCUUCAAUCCGCCCAGGUUCAUCUCCAUGAUCAUCACAUCGCUGCAACUGGCUCAAAUGAUUAUCGGAUGUGCGAUCAACGUGUGGGCCAAUGGCUUCCUGAAGACGCACGGCACCUCCUCCUGUCACAUCUCGCAGCGCAACAUCAACCUGUCGAUCGCCAUGUACUCCAGCUACUUUGUCCUGUUCGCGCGCUUCUUCUACAAGGCGUACCUGGCGCCCGGUGGUCACAAGAGCCGGCGCAUGGCCGCCUCCCUGGCAGCCCAGAAUGCGGUCAAGCAGUCGAGCAGCCCCCAGCAGGCCAGCGAGAGCUCCAAGUUCAUCGGCGCUGGCGAGGAUCAGGCCGCCUAUCUGCGCAAGGCCAAGGCGCAGUAAGGCGGCGGGGUUCGGCACAUCCGCACCUACUCCCAUCAUCACCACUCCCCUGUUUACGGCUAAGGACAUUUAUUUAUGUAGCGGUGUACAAGUUGUUUUUUAAUUUUAAACCUGGGUGGCACACUACCGGUCGGAUGAGAGUUUAAUUUUGUAAGCCAAAAGUUGUACGGUGUGGACAGACGUACGAACUAUAUAUCUGAACAUGUAUAUAAGAAACAGACGAACCUAAGCUAACCAAAACUCAGAGUCGAGUCAGAAAACUGUAUGUAAAUGGGGGCAUAGAAGCGAGUACAUGCAAAGCUUAGGGCACUAAGUGUACAGGCUUGAAUUUAAAUCUCUAGCCAAAGGGAGAUGUAAAGGGAACGCAAGGAACCUAGCUGCUCACUAGUUUGCAUGAAUUAAAUAAAUAGUCACUCUUCUUGAUACCUCUCGAUGUAAUUCCCAGCUGCAGUUUUAGAAGUGUGUUGUCAAGCCCAAAGUCGCUUAUGUUUAAUGUUUUCUUUUCCACUAGCCCUUGAAUGUAUUUCGAUAUUUGCGUUGUCAGCUAUUAUUUACCUCUCAGGUGGAAUUUUGUGUUGCCUCCCAAUUUUAGUUAAAAUUCUCAAGAAGGAUCAGACUCCUGCCUAAAGUUUGAAUAUCGCUCUGUAUGCGAUACUCAAACGACAGGCAUUCUUGGUUGAAAUAGAAUUUGAUUUGCUGGAGAACUGUUUUCCAGCUAUCACUUGUAGUUGGGGUCUGAGAACUUUGUACUUCUAAGUCUAUACGCAUAUAUAUUUAUAAAACCUAUAUUAACGGAAUAUUAAACACGUGAAAACGUAAAAAAUAAUAGCAACCAAUAACAAAACACUAAGUUAGUCUAUUGUUCCAAGAUCCAGAGCGCAAAUUGUUAUUGUAAAGUAAUAAACUGUUUUGAAAUCUGUAAGAACAAACAA